UUAGUGUAUUUGUUCGCGCGAGCAGUCGUGAGUACUGAUAAAAUUGAGAAUUGACAUCAUGAGAGCAAAUGAGUUCCGGACGAGAUACUUUGUUUGAAAACAGUUUGUAAACAAACAUGGAGAAAGUUUGACACAAAGUUUGCACACAGUUUCUUGGCAUGGACGAGCCCGUACAUGUCUUGCUCGUACGUCACAUCACACUCCCCUGCUGACCCGGGGCACGCCAGCGAGGAGUUGGAGUGGACGGCGGGUCCACGGGUGACGAGGAGCACAUGUCUCCCGAAAUGCAAUGAUAAUUCGUAUCUCCAUACAUUGAUCGGCAGAGAGGGAGAGCAGUGCACCAAACAGGAGUCGAUGAACUCUACUCGACAAUGACAGUAAUUACUUACAUUGUGCUUUGAGCUGCAACCUUUGUGUUUGUUGCCGGAUCUCUCCACACAUCCACCUGAGUGUGUGUUUGUGUGUGAGACUGGCCUCGGUGUCAAGUAUGACGCGUUACAUUUAGAUCACCAGCCUUGCCAUCCUGGGUAAAGCUCUAAUGCCAUCAAUAAUAGUGUUAUCUACAUGUUUGCUAAAUCCUUUCAUUGCUACUGUGUGACCUGUUAAUUUUUUUUUUACGUGGACCGCGAGACCCUUACAGGAUCCCGCCACGCUGCGAGUUGUGGCACGCUGAGACGAGAUGCGUUUCGAUCCUGCUCCGAGACGCCGUGUGGUGUGCCGUACUCUCCGCAUCUCGUUUUGUUAUCUGGCGUCGUGUGUGCGCGUCGUGUGCAUAGCGAAAUAUUUUCCUAAAUUGCCAUGAAUAUAAGUAAGCUGUAGCAACUGGACUGCGAAGAGACGAUAAGUGUAAGGAGGGAGAAUGGAAGGGAAAGUAUCUGAGGAAGUGGUGAAGAACAAGGACAGGGACGUGCAGGGUGACAGUCACGACGCCCUCGAAGAUCGUCGCUGCCUGGAGAUGGAUUGUGAUGCCAGGCUGCCCAGAGUCACCUCCUUCGAGGAGCUGAUGAGAUGGGUCGGCACUCGCGGGCGGUGGAAUAUUGCCAUCAUUACCAUAUGUGCUCUGGGAAAUAUUGCUUCUCCAACCAGUUCCAUGACCUACCACUUCCUGGGCGCCACUCCUGACCACUGGUGCUCUGUACAGCCACUGCUUGACGCCAACUGGACUGAUGAACAAAUAAUUUCUCUCGCAAUUCCCAUAAACAAUGCCUCGGGAAAGAUUGAAGAGUGUGUGAUGAGGGACUAUAACUACAGCGGCGCUGCUGCGCUGGGCUAUGAAACUGCCUUGGCCAACCUGUCUGUGGCAGCGACGGACGCACAGGCUCUCAUUGCUUGUCCCGCCCGAACUUUUAACCAGAGUCAGCACGCGGCGACCACCGUCACUGAGUGGGACCUGGUAUGUGAUCGGCGUUACCUGUACUCCACCACGCAGGCGGCGACCUUCCUGGGCAGCCUCUUAGGAAGCCUCGCCUCAAGCCACCUCUUUGAUGUCACUGGGCGGCGGCGCGGCGUGCUCCUCUCCUGCGUAAUGAACAUCGUCUUCAGCUUCCUCGCUGCUGCUGCCCCCGAUGUCCGCGUCUUCAUACUGCUGAGACUGCUGAUAGAAACCUGUCAAGUGUUUUUGUACAUUGGCUGCUUUGUAUUAGCCAUGGAAAUCUGUGAUGAGUCCCAAAGGAACUACAUUGGCGCUCUCUACCUGCUGCCAUGGGCCCUUGGCUGCAUGCUGGUGCCUGGCCUCGCCUACCUGGUUAGACCCUGGCGGUGGCAGCAGGUCGCUUACUCUUUGCUGUGCUGCGUCACACUUCUGUACUGGCUGCUGCCCGAGUCCCCUCGCUGGCUGAUCUUCAAGGGCCGCCAUGAUGAGGCUCUCACAUUACUCGAGACAGCCGCCAGAGUUAACCAGCGGAAACUGCCAUCGCAGGAAGUGCUUCGUGCUGCAAUGAGGAACAUCAUGCACAAGGAAGGUAACAAAGUGCAGGAAGAGCGUGGCCCUGCACAGCCAGCAGGUCUGCGUCACCACGCCACGAGAGCCUGGAGGCACCUGCUGCUGGUGCUGACCACGCGAGGGGUGAGACAGCGUGCCCUACUGCUAUACUACAUUUGGGCCGUCACCACUGCGCCUUACUACUCCCUCAGCCACUUCUCCAGCAUCAUUAAUACAAACAUCUACAUGUACAGCUUCCUGUCUGGGGUGGUGGAGGUGCCUGCCUACCUGGGCCUGUGGCCAGCCAUCACAUACCUUGGCAGAAGAGCGACACUCACAGUGCUUUUACUGUUCACUGGACUAUCCGUUUCUGUUGUAACAGUUUUCAUAGUACUUCAAUAUGAAGCGCCCGCCGAGCUGAAGAUGUUUCUCUCCUUGAGUGGCAAGAUGGCCAUCACAGCAAGCCUGCACCUGGUGUGGGUGUUCACCGGAGAGCUGUUCUCCACCAAACACAGGGCACGCAUUGUUGGGGAGGCCAGCAUGGUUUCGAGGAUUGGCACCGUGAUGGUUCCUUACGUCAACGACCUUCUGGGCCGUGUGUACCCGUGGGCGCCCGGUGCAAUGCUGAGCGUAGCAGUGACCAUCGCCUCGGGAUUGGUUUGGAUUCUGCCUGAGACUGCCAAUCGUAAGCUCACUCAGAAUGAGUAUGAGGAAGUCACGGUGCCAGGAACUCCCAUCCGUAGAGUCACGCAGAAUGAACAAGAGAAAGACACGGAGGAGUCGAUCAGUCUGGCUGUCAUCUGACCAACAAGAGAUGAAAAGAACACUGGCAGGCCCCGCUAAGUGAACACUGACAGUGAAGUGUUCAGUAGUGUUUAUGAUUCCUUUCGUUUCCUGAAAUACCAGUCAGGCUUAGAUCUCUGAUAUCAAAAGUUUAUUGCCUUAAAUGUAUUUGUCAAAUCAUUUAAACUGUAACUAAAUUACCAAACUUAAUAAUAGUUAAUUUGCCUAAUUGAAUGAAGCUCAAGUCUGGUUGAUAAUUCAGCAUCCACAUGGUGAUGACAAAGGUGCCCAGAGUCCUUACGCUUCAUGUAACAGCUUUCUGAUAUUAACCAUUACACCAUUCACUGUCUCAGGUGUAGUUACCCAUCUCUCUCCCCCUCUAAGCUUCGCUCUCUUUUCUUCUUUGAGGCUUAAACAUUUAUGGCUUUAAUUUUCCAUUAUGUUCUACUUUCUCUAUCGUCUUUACUAACCAAAGCUGACUGUUGAGUUUGGCUCCACAAUGAUGUCGCUUGCUGUUGUGGCGACAGGCUUGGCAUUUUCCAUAAUCCUCAAGAAUUAAUUAAUUUGUACUGUGCAACACUCGCUUUCCUUCUGAUUGGAAAACCGUGACAUUCUUUGGCUAUUUAAUUUAAGCAUGUAGACAUAAUUUCCUGGCGACUGAGUGGAUAAGCUACAUCUAAACACUUCCAGUUCUAAGCGCACCAUUUGAUAACAUUUCCAGCAUUGCAGAGAGACUUGCAGCAGUGUAGAAGAAAAGAGGGAUUAUAACAAAAAAUCUCGCCUCACUGGAAAGUUAAAAUAAUCAGGUUGUUUGUAAAGAAGCAAAGAGAGUGUCAGUAGCAGUGAGAGAACUUAGGGAUGAAGGAACACUAUUAGUCUCUAAUGAAACCAUAUCCCUUGCAUUUACUUAAAACUUGACAUGUUAAUACGUAAAAAAAAAAGAAAAAAAAAUGCUUACAGCUGAAACUUUUUUUCUUUUUGAAUUGGGAAAAGUCACGUGAAACCUAUUUUACACAACCACCCUCUCCCUCUCUUUGUCUUCUCACUAACUAUUUUUUCGUGGUCCGUCUUUGGAAAUCCUGUGAGCCUCCCUAAGUAUUAUUUUCUCAUUGAUGAAUCAGAAUCUUUGUUAAACGAUCAUUAGAAUAUAAUGAAAACAGCGUUGAGAAACCCUAUUACUUUCUGUUGCAGGCUGAUGGAUGUAUUCCAGGUAAAACGCAGAAACGUGUGAAAAGAGUAGUUAACCUGUGCAUAAUAGUUAAUUGCAAGUCACAAGGCAAGAAAGAUAUUCAGGGAUAUCUGUGCAUGGCAAAUGUGAAAGGACAGGUCACGCAUCCACGUUAUAAAGAUUAAGUGAGGAGGAAAUUUCAUGGGGAAAGCUUGCAGGAUAUACUCAAGGUGUCACUUCCUGCUAGGCUGCACCACUUGUAAGCUUAAUGGUCUUGUGGAGUUCCUUUGUUCACAGCUGUCGCCCGCGGACUGCACGCGCACAGAACCCAAUGCUUAUAAAGUAUUGAUAAAACAGGUGUUCGCAGGAAUCCCGAAGCAACAUGGCUGGAGAUUGGAAUGAAAGAUCAGUCAACUUUAAUGAUAAAGUAGCAUGUGUUCAGAUGAAGCCU